AUGAAACAGCAGCAGAACAAACUGCCUCCUCGUUCUGACACACCAACACAAGUCUCUGAGCGUCAGCUCCUAGCUUCACCCCGAGCCCUGUCUCUCAGGCUCGUAGCUUCACCCCGAGCCCUGUCUCUCAGGCUCCUAGCUUCACCCCUGAGCUCUGUCUCUCAGGCUCCUAGCUUCACCCCGAGCCCUGUCUCUCAGGCUCCUAGCUUCACCCCGAGCCCUGUCUCUCAGGCUCCUAGCUUCCACCUGAGCUCUGUCUCUCAGGCUCCUAGCUUCCCCCUGAGCUCUGUCUCUCAGGCUCCUAGCUUCCCCCUGAGCUCUGUCUCUCAGUCUCCUAGUUUCCCCCGAGCUCUGUCUUUCAGGAUCCUGCAGGCGCCUAGCUUCACCCUGAGCUCUGUAUCUCAGGCUCCUAGCUUCCCCCUGAGCUCUGACUUUCAGGCUGCUAGAUUCCCCCCAGCUCUGUCUCUCAGGCGCCUGGCUUCACCCCUGAGCUCUGUCUCUCAGGCUCCUAGCUUCCCCCUGAGCUCUGUCUCUCAGGCUCCUGCAGGCGGCGCUGACCUGCUGACGCUCAGAGGUCCUGAGUGUUGAUUCGUCAUCAGAAUGUAAAGUUUGUAUUAAUGCAUCAGUAUUUUCACAUCCAUAUCAAAGACACGUAGCCGUUUGUUAGACUGAAGAAUCUGUGCGUAACGUUUUUUUACCGUACCGUAGCAUCCUGAGGGUUGUUGAAAUGCAUUGUGGGAAGUGUAGUGGAGUGUGUGAGGGUCGGGUGGAUCGGUGUGGAGGGUUUUAGAGUCAGAGGAGAGAGACGGAGGAAUCCUGUUUUUAAAAACGCUUAUUUUGUACUGUAAAAAAACAACAACAUGUUUGAACUUUCUCAUGUACGACUUUUGUAAAGUGUGUUGUUGUGUGUGUGUGUGUGUGUACUCUGUGUGUGUGUGUGUGUGUGUGUGUCCUGCAGCAUGUCGCAGGUCUGAGCUCCAAACCAGCAAAACACACAGAGGGACACUUUGUAGGACUUUUGUAAAAAAUAAAGAUGAAAAUGAGCUCUGAA